AUAGGGGUGUCUUGGUUUCUUUGCUGAAUGGUUGUGAGAGGCCUUCCACUUAUUUCACACACAUGUGCACCCUUCAUUGUGAGCAUUCUUUAAGCUAAGUCUUGCCUGCAGGCAUUUAUUUGGUCUCAGUGUAAGCCUGCAUUCCUAGGCUGGCAAACUUUCCUGACAAUGUGAGCCAUAUGCAAAAGUCUUCAUUUAUGUGAGUGACCUGUUCCUUGGUGGACACAGGAUUUUCUGGUGUGCAAGUCUGAGAUGAUGCCUUCCAACCGCUCCACUGGAGGACCUGCUUCUGCAGGAUCCUAGAGGACACUGGCAAAUCUUGGCCUGUUGGCUUGCUUUCAGGUGACUUAGCAGGCUUGUUACCAACUUUGAUAUUGGCAAUUAAUGUGGAGGUCCUUAUGAGAGCCUGACCUGAACUGCUCAGAGCUGCAUGUGUUUGUGUCAAGGUUGCUGACCUCUGCUCUGUUCCUCCACAAGGCACCAAAGUGGAAUUGCAUUAGCUCUGCAGAUGGGCUUUUGCCAUUUUUUCCCUCUGUCUUAAAUCUUUUGUUAUUAUUGCCUCCCCCACCCUCCCAGCCAUUUACCACAUUCUUAUCUUUUGUUUAGCUCUGUCCAUCCUUUUCUUGUUCAGAGACGACUGGUCACCUGAAGAGGCUUCUCCUUCUGUCUCUCUGCAACUACUUGAGAUAAUUGAAAAACAAUUUGUUCCAAUUGUUUUGCAGUUGCUGUAGACCAAAGACCAGUUCUGAUCGCCUGCUGGCCAGUGUUAAGUACUUACAUCAUCUUGUAUACUUCAGCUGUUUAUCCAUAUGGAUUUGCUUUGACUGGAAAAGCUGAUGGGUGGUAAAGGAAAGGAGAGGCUGGAUCCCUGCAGGGAGUGCACAUGAAGCCAUAUGUCAGUAUUUCUGGGUAUUUGGUGCCCCCUGGAGACUGCUGCUGCCCACGACAUAAUGAAUAUCAUGACAGGACAUUAAUAGAUGUCCCUAGUCUGAGCAGGCUGAAGAACAAUAUGAACUAUAUUGCUCUCACAACAGAAGUGGAUGAUACUAGAAAAGGCAGUAGAGUAAAAGCAAGGACUCUCUAAAAAUAAUAACAAUUACAUGUCCUGUAAUUCUUAAAGCUGGUGAAGACUGACAGCUGUUUCAUGUUUAUGUAUGUAAGCCUGUGUAUUUCAAAAAUGCAUAUGCAAGAUUAAGUGUAGAUAUUUGAAAGUAGUGUGGUGUGAGAUUUAAGUGUUGAGUUCACAAGACAGAUUAAAUUGGUUCCGUUAGUUGGUCUGAGAGGCCAGUCAAUCCAAUAGGAAAAUGUGGAAGUCUCUUACCAAAUCUGGAAUUGGAAUCAGAGCUUUGUCACAAGCUUUGUAAGGAAACUGGCAUUUUGUUACUUGUUUCAGCAGUAAAAUUGACCUUGGUACCUUUUUAACACUUAAGUGAGGGGUAUAAUAAAUUAUAUCCUGAUGCAGGGAACGUAUUUGACAUGGUUGUGGAAUCUGCUUUCAUUUUUCCCAAAGCAACCACCUGAAACAGAGGUAACUUACAAAAUACUGCUUUAUUAUGAUUUUUGUUAUUUUCAUUUGCGGAAAAAGACAGCUGAAAAAUGAUAAUUUCUUUCAGGUAUUAUUAGUCUGGAAGCAAUCUUCCUGCAGAAUGAGAAUACAGGAAUUUCAUAUUUUACCCUGACUGCAGAGAAGAAUCCUGGAUGGUCUGAGAAGGAAGAAAAUCUCAGUGUUAUGCUUGAAUGCAACUAUUUUCAGAAUUACAGAAGGUGAAAUGGAAGGUGAGGCAGUUGAAGCUAUUGUGGAGGAAUCAGAAACUUUUAUUAAAGGGAAAGAGAGAAAAACCUAUCAAAGGCGCCGUGAAGGUGGGCAGGAGGACGAUGCUUGUCAUAUACCACCAAACCAAGCAGAUGGAGGUGAAGUAGUGCAAGAUGUCAACAGUGGUGUGCAGAUGGUGAUGAUGGAACAGCUGGAUCCAACUCUUCUUCAGAUGAAGACUGAAGUAAUGGAAGGUGCAGUGCCUCAAGAAACGGAGGCUACGGUGGAUGACACGCAGAUCAUAACACUUCAGGUUGUUAAUAUGGAAGAGCAGCCUAUAAACCUUGGUGAGCUUCAGCUGGUCCAAGUACCUGUACCAGUGACUGUACCUGUUGCCACCACGUCUGUGGAAGAACUUCAGGGAGCUUAUGAAAAUGAGGUUUCCAAAGGAGGCCUGCAAGAGGGAGAGCCCAUGAUCUGUCACACCCUCCCUUUACCGGAAGGCUUCCAAGUAGUGAAAGUGGGUGCAAAUGGUGAGGUGGAGACACUGGAACAAGGUGAACUUCAGCCACAGGAAGAUCCCAAUUGGCAAAAAGAUCCAGACUAUCAGCCACCAGCCAAAAAAACAAAGAAAAACAAAAAGAGUAAGCUUCGCUACACUGAGGAAGGCAAAGAUGUGGAUGUCUCUGUGUAUGACUUUGAAGAAGAGCAGCAGGAGGGUUUGUUGUCUGAGGUCAAUGCAGAAAAGGUGGUGGGCAAUAUGAAGCCACCUAAACCAACAAAAAUUAAAAAGAAAGGUGUAAAGAAGACAUUCCAGUGCGAACUGUGCAGUUACACUUGUCCGCGUCGUUCCAACUUGGACCGCCACAUGAAAAGCCACACUGAUGAAAGACCACAUAAGUGCCAUCUCUGUGGCAGAGCUUUCCGGACAGUCACAUUGCUGAGGAACCACCUCAACACUCACACAGGUACUCGCCCUCACAAGUGCCCAGACUGCGACAUGGCCUUUGUGACCAGUGGAGAGUUGGUUCGGCAUCGCCGCUACAAACAUACCCAUGAGAAACCAUUCAAAUGUUCAAUGUGUGAUUAUGCUAGUGUGGAGGUUAGCAAAUUGAAACGCCACAUUCGUUCUCACACUGGAGAGCGUCCGUUCCAGUGCAGCUUGUGCAGCUAUGCCAGCAGGGAUACAUACAAACUGAAGAGGCACAUGAGGACCCACUCUGGAGAGAAGCCAUAUGAAUGUUACAUUUGCCAUGCUCGCUUCACUCAGAGUGGUACCAUGAAGAUGCACAUUUUGCAGAAGCAUACGGAGAAUGUGGCCAAAUUUCACUGUCCUCACUGUGAUACUGUUAUAGCGAGAAAGAGUGACUUGGGUGUCCAUUUGCGAAAGCAGCAUUCCUACAUCGAACAGGGCAAGAAGUGUCGCUACUGUGACGCUGUGUUUCAUGAGCGGUAUGCCCUCAUACAGCAUCAAAAGUCUCACAAGAAUGAGAAGCGCUUCAAGUGUGACCAGUGCGAUUAUGCAUGCAGACAGGAGCGACACAUGGUCAUGCAUAAACGGACCCAUACUGGAGAAAAGCCUUAUGCCUGUAGCCAUUGUGAUAAAACCUUCCGUCAGAAACAGCUCCUCGAUAUGCACUUCAAACGAUACCACGAUCCUAACUUUGUCCCUGCUGCCUUUGUCUGUUCCAAGUGUGGCAAAACAUUCACUCGCAGGAACACAAUGGCCAGACAUGCUGAUAACUGCUCUGGCCUAGAUGGUGGGGAAGGAGAGAAUGGAGGAGAGACAAAGAAGGGCAAACGUGGCCGAAAGAGAAAGAUGCGGUCUAAGAAAGAAGAUUCCUCUGACAGCGAGGAAAAUGCUGAACCAGAUUUGGAUGACAAUGAAGAUGAGGAGGAGACAGCAGUAGAAAUUGAGGCUGAACCAGAAGUUGAGCAAGAGGCUCCUGCACCACCUCCCAGUAAGAAGCGAAGAGGAAGACCACCAGGCAAAGCUGCCACCCAACCAAAACAAUCCCAGCCUGCAGCAAUCAUUCAGGUUGAAGACCAGAACACUGGUGAAAUUGAAAAUAUUAUAGUUGAAGUAAAGAAAGAACCUGAUGCGGAAACAGUAGAGGAAGAGGAGGAAGCUCAGCCUGCUGUAGUGGAAGCUCCCAAUGGAGACCUCACUCCUGAGAUGAUUCUCAGCAUGAUGGACCGGUGAUGGAGGAAGACCACGCUGGCUGACUGAACUGGCCUGGGCUGUGUUUAAGCGGCUCAAAUCUAUUUUUCCUUUUACCUUUUUUCUUGGCUUUGGGAAAUGCAUCAUUUUAGACCAUUUUACCAAACAUACUGGGAAAUAAAACUUCAAAAUGAUGUUAGAAUGUGAUUUAACUAGAACUUGCUGUUUUAUGUUAGCAUUACAGGAUCAUGGAACAUUAGGAAAUAUUUUUGAGUCCUUGAGGGUUUCCUGUGAGAUGCUUGAUUUAGUUUUGCUCUGAACUGCAUUGUAAAGCUGGUCCAAGGGCCGUGUUUACAUGCACCAAGUUUUAAUAUACAAAAGUGGAAGCCUUGACUAGAGUAUGUGGUAAACCACUCCGGACUUGCCCUUCCAGUUCCCAGAGUCCUUGAGCCUCCUUCUCUCAGUAGUGUUUUUAACUGUAAAUGCAGACUUGGGAGGGUUCUAGACUUUUAAAAUGUUUUUUGCUUUUCCCACUGACUAGCUCCGGUUCUCCAAGUCGGCUGCACACGGUAGUUUUGGCAUGCUCCAACUGGUUUCUGUCCUUAAUAUGCUUUGCUUUCUGCAAAGCAUUUCUGUAAUGGUCAAGCUUGUAAAUAACUUUUUUUUACAUUUUAAUCUUUUUCCAUUAAUUAAGAGGUAUGCAAAAAUGCAGUUUAAAUAAACCCCAGUAUUUUAAUUCCUUUCAAACUAAGCGAUAAGAGAAUUGAUAGAGUGUAAAUGUUGGAAAAGCUGUUGAUAACCAAUCACGUAGAAAAGAGAUGUACCCAGACUAUUGCUUGCAGAACAAGAGAAACCCACACAUGAAAUCUGGUUUUGAAGCACACAAAACUUUGGCAUUUGAAACAUGUAUAAUUAACCUUCUUUUUGAGUUAUAAUUUCACGACUACAUUUUCUUUGCUCUAUCUUGUAGUUGUAUUUUGUGUUUAUGAAUCCUGUGUUAAGGAAGAAGUGGUGAUUUAUAAGUGGGUCACUGCAGCCCUCAAAACCUGGGCCAGGAAAUUUUAAUAGGUCAGUAAUUAUACAAUUUUGGAUCUCUGAUAAAGACAAAAAAGGAAUAAUGUGAAAUACAAAUGAUGCCUGUAUAUGAACUGUCACAUGUUAAAAUAUGUAAGCUUUUUAUAGAGCCUCAGUCUUGCUGAUUUCAAACAAAUUUUUCUUCUAUGUAUCGCUUUUAAGAGAGCUAUCAGUUUAGCUAUCAGACUCUAGGUUGAUGCAUUUUUGUACUUAGCUGUACUGUGUGAUAUUUUUCAUUAUUUUAGGAAGCCAACAUGGGAAAAAAAAUACUGUUAUAAAAUAUGUAAUGGGGUUUGAAAGCUGGGAAGGAGAAUAUACUGCUGUACAGCUAAUAAAUAAUAACGGAUUAA